AUGCCCUACAACACCCGCCGGAAGUCGCUGUCGUUGCCCUCGCUCGGCAUAGCUGUGCCUGGUGGCCCACGGUCCGCGCGCUCACCGCCUUCGACUGCGACCGAUCCGCAUCACCAACCACCGGCCAAAAAAGCAAAGCGCACGCAUUCCAUCACUUCGACACCAACAAGCCCUCCACGAACCUCAACGCUGCGCUUCGAUGAUCCCCCUAGGAGUGCCGGCCGCGUGGCCGACACCCCGCCACCGUCACCCGGUGGAGCAUCGGGACAAACAAAGGUCGACACGGAAGGCAUCGACGACACAAUCGUUGUCGGCGUCAUAGAGCAACUCGAGAAGACGGGAAACCGGCCACAUCUUCUCAAAGAACUGGCUGCAGUGCUCUCGGCCACCAUUCCUAUUGUUGAGAGCUCCGCGAAUCCAGCUGCAAUCAUUUCAUCGCGCCUCGCGACUUACCUAAAGCGGCCGUGGACUGCGCUGUCAAAGUGUCCCCUCGAUAAGACGCUUGUUGGCACGCACCCCAAGCGCGUCUACUACUUCCUGACCACCUGCGCACCCCAGCCCAUCCCCGCCGAUGCAGGAAGCGGACCGGCGACGGCGAGAAUCAUAUCGCCGUCCCUCUCAUCCGCUGCUUCCGAGGAGGAGGAUCUAGAGGCGCGAUCACGAGACCGCAUGUCGCCCUCGCCUGAAUUAGAUCUCUCCUCGCCAGACUUUGACGAUGGUACCGACCCGUUCUCGAACCAGACCCAUCCACCAACAACCAUUAACAUUGCGCAUAAUCGGCGAGCCCAAUCGCCUCCAUUGGAGAGAGACGAGAAGGAAUUCACGCAGACGGCAUCGUUCCUGCAGCGAAGGAGGAGUGAGGAACGUGAGCGGAAAACCAGCUCCUCAUCAGAGGAGACCCAGAGCACUGAUGUAACCAUGUACGAGAUUCCUGAGGUUGAAGAGACGGAAGAAAGUGCCGCGCGAAAGAACUCCGAAACCGCAGCAGCAUUGUUUGGCGCAAUGGACCACGUUUCGACUUUCCAGUCGGACUUCGCUUCGAGCAGCCCGAUGCUCAAGCCAGCGCUUGAAAUUCAAAUGCCCCCACCUAUGUUCAAGCCGGUCGAUGCAAAGAUGACGAACGAUGAAUUCGAGUGGGGUUGGUCGGAGAUGAAGAGUCCAGAACACGUUGAGCUCGAGGAAUUAGACGAUUUGUUUGGUGGAUACUGA